GCGACGCUCUGUGCGGUUCAGUGUUGACUCGUCAUGUUCACGCUGUGCAUGUCGCGGGAACCGCACCGCGACUCAGAUAAUCGCGAUAUACAAAAGAAACAGGUUAAAGCUGGAUACCUGCUCCGCUACAAACGUGGGUUGUUCUGCAAGUCUUGGAGCUGGGAAUGGGUGGUACUGUACGAGGAUUCGACGAUGGCGUUGUUUGCAGACAAAAAACUCUGUUGUUCCCGGGGUUGUGUUAAGCUCAUCGAAGCUCCGGAAAUGCUGGCCGUAGGAGAGUGGACAAAGAACAUUCCACGCCGUCCUCGCAUCCCCACAUCCUACGAGACCGAUCAGCUGCUAGCCAUCUCAGCAGGUCGAUCUGAUAACAUCUACUGGGUCUUGGCGCAAUCACCAACCGAACUGAACGAUUGGGUUACGGCUAUAAGCAAUACAUUUCAGCCGUCGUCACAUUUUCCGUUGGAGAAGAGAUUGUCCUUAAUACCUCAAAAAAGUCAACAAGUAUCGAGCAUAAGAGGUUGCAAGGUCAACGCUGAUAUGCACAAGGCGGGAGUAAAGAAAGGCGGAGGAGGGAUGGAUGAUGCCGAUCACACGGUACUCUCGGGGGUGGCGAUAGAUUGGGGCCACGGCUGGGGUUGGGGGCAGUCGGUUAAUACGGCCGCUUGUGCCCAAGAGGCAGCCUCCGCCACAGCCAACUCCGCACUCUAUUGCCAUGCUAAUGUAGACUACUCGCUCGGCGGAGGAUGCGAAGAGGUCGACUGGAGCGCAUUCGCGGACUUCAGCUUCUGAAUCGCUAAAACCUUAUAACAUUAACAACAUAAAGGUUAUUAAAUGUCUAAACGGAAGUAAGUUUCAGAUAAUUUUAUAUUUACAAGAUAUUUGUACGAUUUUUAAACAUUUCUCA